AUGCAAGCUUAUAAUCCCUCAAGGACAAGACGAGGAGACCAAGAAGAGAAGCAUAUGACGCAGAUGGAGGAGCUCGUGCGGCAGUGCGACAUGGAGGUCAUGAAGAUGGCCAUGCUCAAGCACGAGCAGACCUUCAGGCAGCAGGUGCAUGAUCUGCACCGGCUGUACCGAGUCCAGAAGCAGCUCAUGGGCGACCAGAGCGGGCGCCCGUCGUCAGUGCUACCCUGCCGUCAGGUGCAGAGGCGCAGGCAGCACCCCCGCCGGCCGGAGCUGAGCCUGCAGCUCCCUGUCGACGACAACGAGGACGAGCACACCGUCGUCAGCGCCGGCACAGGCCGCCUAGCGACGCCGCCGUCCACGGAAAGCGAGGACGAGCUGGAGCUGACGCUGGCCGUCGGCGGCGGCGGCGUCCACGGCGGGAGCAGAAGGAGCCAGAGGAGGAGGCGGGAGAGCGCGACGGACUGCUCCGGCAGAAGAAGCCCACAGACGCCGUCUUCGUCGACCGACUCCGACGAGGCGCUCCGCCCGGUGCAGCACCGCCACCAGAGGGCGACGCCGUGUGAUCUCCGGGGAGGGGUGACGGUGUCGAAGCAGCCGCAAUGGCUGGUGCGCUGUCUCAGCCUUAGGAUGGCUUGA